GUCAUGAGGUAGAUCUCAGGCGGCUGGUGAGAGAAAAAAUAGAUCUUGCUCUCAAAACGUUUGGGCACCCCUGCUGUAUAUUAAUGAGCGUCUGUGGGGGCUGCAGAGCGGCUCUGCUGAGAGCGAACUAAAACAGGCAGAAGAGAAGAAGAAGAACAGCAUGAGCUAAAAUAUUCAGUCCCUCAUCUCCACUGAUCUUCUUCACCUUCUCCCACCUGGUGCGCCGUCCUCGUUACUCUGCAUUGUUUUUCUGUUUUAUUGCAGGAAGCUGCUGAUGCAGAGCUGAUCCACCGGGAUGCUAACAAAGAGGAAACAGCAGGGCAACUUCUACAUUUGAAUUUCUGCUUGUGUUGGACAUGCUUCUGAAGCUCCAUCAGACGUUCCUGAAUCCUGUUCAUGACCUGUGCUUCCUCUCUGCUUCCUCCUCCUCUCCUCUCCUUCUCCUCCUGUCAUCUUCGUUCUGAUCCCCUGUAGGAGUUCAGCCACAGCCUCAGGCCUCUGAGUUGAACCUACCAACCCAUCCCAUCCGCUUCCCUCCCCGUCCUCCAUCCACCUGCCAUGUCUAACGACACAACCUUCUUGGAGGCCACUGAUUGGUUAGACACAUCCCAGUGCCCGCCCUCAGUAGGCGGCGCUACGUUCCUGAUUGUUGCUUACAGUGCAGUCAUUGCAAUUGGGUUGCUGGGCAAUGCAGGCCUUGUAUUUAUCAUCACCCGGCAACAGGAGUUGCGCAACGUCACCAACAUCCUGAUCGCCAACCUGUCGUGCUCGGACAUCCUGAUGUGCGUGGUGUGUCUGCCGGUCACUGUCAUCUACACGCUGAUGGACCACUGGGUGCUGGGGGAGGCCCUGUGUAAGGUGACGCCCUUUGUCCAGUGCAUGUCUGUGACCGUGUCCAUCUUCUCCCUCGUGCUCAUUGCUCUGGAGCGCCACCAGCUGAUCCUCCACCCCACCGGCUGGACCCCUGCGGCCGGACACUCCUACCUUGCAGUGGGGCUCACGUGGCUGGUCGGCUGCUUCAUCUCGCUGCCCUUCCUGUCCUUCAACAUCCUCACUAAUGACCCCUUCCAGAACAUCAGCCUGCCCUCCAACCCCUUCAGGGACCAUUUGAUCUGCAUGGAGUUGUGGCCGUCAGACAAACAUCGCCUUGCCUACACAACCUCGUUGCUGAUCUUCCAGUACUGCUUGCCUCUCCUUUUGGUGCUGCUCUGCUACCUGAGGAUCUUCAUCCGCCUGAGACGCCGCAGGGACAUGCUGGAGCACAGCAGGAGGACCCGGGAAGCCCAGAGGAUCAAUGUUAUGCUGCUAGCCAUCGUCACCGCGUUUGCUCUCUGCUGGCUCCCUCUGAAUGUCUUCAACACUCUGUUUGACUGGCAUCACCAGGCCCUGCCAAAAUGUCAGCAUGACGCUGUCUUCUCCGCUUGCCACCUUACAGCCAUGGCCUCCACGUGCAUCAAUCCCGUGGUGUAUGGCUUCCUCAACAGCAACUUCCAGCGGGAGCUGAGGACGACGCUGCAGCGCUGCCAGUGUGGCACCCGGGCAGGUGAGAGCUAUGAGAGCUUCCCUUUGUCUACGGUGGGCAGCGAGGGCAUAACAAAGGCCACUUCGCUCAACAAGAUGGGAUCGGUGUGUGUCCCCUCACCCAGACCUGAGAUCAGCUCGGCUCUGCUAUCCAAAACAUUACCGGCUAACUUGUAACAAUGCCGACCGAAGAAUUCUUUGACAAGAUCCUAAGUGCGUCAGUUGUGUGAAACUGAUAAAGAUCAACUUUGAGCCAGUCCAACACUGUCCUCACUUGGACCUGGCUGAAAAUGGUUUAAUACUAUUUUAAGCUAAUGUUUGACGGCAUAUUUUUCUUGUUGUGACUGAUCAUCAUCUAAAAUGUUUGAAGACUGUGGAUGUAAUUUGGAAGUCCAGAACGCCAAAACUGAGGAAGCUAAAGGACCUGAACUGUUGUGGUGUAAACCAUGCAACACUCCUGGAAAGGUUCUGUUUUCCAGUUACAACCAUUGUGACAGAUAAACCUCAUACCAGACACUGUAACGUCUGAGCCCCUAUACUCUGCAGGAUGCCAACACUGUGUUGUUGUCACAACACGUUGACACUUUUUUUUGGUGAAAAACACAUUUUACUGUUUACACACAUGAACAAAAUUGUUGGUACCCCACAAUCACCACUGAAAUAACCUGAAACUGACAAAAGUAAUGAAUAGAAAUUUACUGAAAAUGAACUAACAAAAAUCAGAUCAGGAUUUGCUUCUGAAUUAUGAUUCAACAGAAUUGUUUUGAAAAUAAACUAACAAAAUCACAAUGAACCACAGGAAGCAAAGGAGAGAUUUGUCCCAGGAGAUUAGAAAGAAAACAUGUUGAAGAUAAAGUCUUUGAGAGCAUCUCUAAGCAGCUUGAUGCUCAUAUCACUGAGGGUUAUUGUUGACAGGUUGAAGAGCAGGAGAAUACAAAUAGAAACCAAAGUGCCCAGAACAAUCGCCAAGGAAAUUAAAGGUAGACUCUAUGGUCAAGGUUAAUCAGUGUUGGAUUGAACAAUACAUCUCAUCUGAGCCAAAGUGGACUUCAUGGAAGAUGUCACUGUUAAAAGCAAAUCACCCAAAAACGAGACUGGAAUUAGCUACAUUUCAUAUUGAUAAGCCACAAAGCUUCUGGGAAAAUGUCCUUUGGACAAACAAGACAAUACUGGAGGUUUUUACCAAGUUCUGCAUUCAGAGACCAAAAUUGAUUCAUGCCAAAAAAAAAAA